AUGAAAAACGAAGAAGUAAAAUCUCUUACCUCUCUCAACUCUAUGGAGAAAACAGAAGAGCAAAAGCGUUUCGAAUCCAAAAACAUUGUAUUAUCUCUGCUAACUCUUAGUGUUGGUCCUUUAAUGUUCAAUAGCGGUAUCUCAUUUCACGAUGCCGUCGAUAUGAUGCUUAUUUCUAAAGCUCUUGGUGGUGAUUCCAUCCAAAUUGUCGGAUUUUCUUCAUUAAUCCGAUAUUUAUCAGUCUGUGUAACAAUUUAUUUUGCUCAAUCAACAAUUGCUAAAAUUGCAGCCCUUAUUGGUGCUGGCAAGAAGGAAGAUGCCGAACAAGUUAUUACAGAUCUCUUUAGAAUCUCUUUUGUUUCAAUGAUUUUAGUUUCAAUCAUGUUUUACUUCGUUGCUAUACCAAUGCUCAUAUUCAUGGGAUGCACACACGACAUUGCUGUUGAAGCAAGACACUAUUUAACUCCAAUUCUCAUUGGUAUGCCCUUCAUGGCUCUUUUCCAACUCAGUUGCGGCUUCAUUCAGAGCCAGGGCCGUUCCAUUCUUUGCGGUAUCCUCCAAUUCGCAGCUUUCGCCUUGAACUGCGGUUGCAUUUCUCCAAUCUUACUUUUCGCCGUCAAGGUUCCAAUUAAAUUUGCCGGUAUCUCAUUCGCCCUUUCCCAAAGUAUUCCAGGAGUUAUCUUGGCAGCAUUGAUUUUUACAGGUAAAUUCAAUAUCCGACCAAAGUGCUCAAUGUUCCUUCGUCCUGUCUCCAAAGAUACCCUCAAUGCACUCUUAUUAGGUACCCCCUACAUUCUUAACAUUCUCGCCGGUGCGAUUCCUCCGAUGAUCUUACUUCGCUACAUGAUGCUUGCAGCUACAACAUCUGGUGAAGCUCCAAUGAUCGCUGCUGCAUUCUCCGUCUUCUUGAAGCUUCAAAGUGCUGUCAACUCUGUUUCAAUUGGAAUAAAUCAGGGUUUGAUGGCCACAGGAAGCUAUGCAAGAGGCGCUGGCAACUAUACAAGGCUUAUACAGUUAUACAUACGUGCCGGUUUGAUUACUUUGACAUAUCAUUUAUGUUGGAUUCCAUUGAUGCAGACACGUGCAGAUUGGGUUGCCAAGAUAUGGAUGGAUGAUGAAGAACAACUCAGAUUCGCAAAAUAUUUCUUGAGAAUUCCAUUUUACACAAAUUGGUUAAUUCCUCUUAAUGAUUCCGCAGUUAACUUCGUUCUUGCAUCAGGAAAGCCUGUGCUUGCCAUGGUUCCAUCAUUACUUCGUGGUACUGUCUGCUUGAUUGCAACAUUCGCUUUUUAUUACACAGGAAAGGACAAACCACAGAGAAUGAUGUACACAUACAACACUUUUGAUGUUUCUGUCUUGUUGUUCGAUAUUGGACUUGUUAUCUACAACCUUCGCUAUCUUUAUCAGCUCAUCAGGGAGAAUUAUGAUGUUCUUAAUUAA